AUGCCGGCCUCCUUCGACCCCUCAAGAGCCUGGGUAGUGGUUGCUUCCCUAGUGUUUGACGGACUGUACCUGACUCCCAACGGUCUGUACCGCGUCUUAGCGCAUGACCGGGCUUCGUUUCCCGUGUGUCCUAAUUUCCACACGGCUAGGGUUCGCGCCGUUACUUCCAUUCGCUGGACCGUCUCCCAAGGGUCCUACAACAAUGAACGGAGUCUGGUCCACACUGCACCAGACCUCGAUUGCCUCGUUAGCUAUACGCUCAUUUCUCCCAUCGAUGACUUGAACGUGUUGUAUUUUUUGCAGUAUUCCGUCACCAGAUCCAAUGGGUCUCCGUUCGGUGCUGCCUUCGUUUGCCUUCAUAUGCGAGUCGAUAGUCUUUUGUUGACCUAA